AUGGGAGAGCACUCGACAUUGAUGAGCAGUUCAGUAGCGUACAAGAUAGCUCUUUGCUCGCUGUAUCUGAAGCUGUUGAAAGGUGCAUUCGUUCUUCCAUCACUGAAUGAAUUUGUUGCUAGACGGUUUCAAAUGGAUGUUGAAGGCGAAACCUUAGCCAUGGCGCGACUUCCUUACGUUGAAAAGGUAAUCAAGCCUUUACUGCAACGAUUUGAAAUGAUGAUCCGAAGGCUCCAUUCAGAAAUCUGCCAAGAAAAAGCUCAACGAACAAUUGCUCUCAAUGGUUCGCAGGUUGAAUGA